AAGGUUAGGUGGUCAAUCGAGUGGAGGGAGAUAGAAGAAGGACAGAGGAUUUGGGAAUACUUUAAAACCAAUUCCCACCUCCCACCCCAUUCUCACCUACUCUCCCUUUCCAAUCCUCCAUCCUUCACUUCAGAUUUCGCUCGCAUUCUCCUCAUCUCCUCCUUCCGUCCAUUUCCUCAGUGUGCCACCAUGGACUCCCGCCGCCAAUCCGCCGAGAAAACCCAGGACAACGCCGUCCCCGAGGAGCAGAACAAGCAGCUCGCCGUCCCCGCCGCCCCUGCCCCCUUCGCCACCGCCUCCCUCUCCCUCUUCGCCGCCGCCCAGCCCGCCACCCACUUCUUCCAGCAGCCCAAGGUCGCGUCUUUAUUCGCCGCCGCCCAGCCCGCCAGGGCCCGCGUCCCCACCCAGGCCUCCUCCCUCGCCCACCUCUCCCUCUCCGCCUCCGCCUCCGCCGCCGCCCCCUCCAGGAUCUCCUUCAAGUCCACCAUCUCCGCCAACCCGCUCCAGAGCCCGCUCACCCUCGGCCCCCACCGCCCCCUCGACCCCUCCGGCGCCGCCGGCCUCCGCCGCGCCUCCAUCGUCUGGUUCCGCAGCGACCUCCGCGUCCACGACAACGAGUGCCUCAACGCCGCCCACAACGAGUCCAUGUCCGUCCUCAACGUCUACUGCUUCGACCCCCGCGACUACGGCAAGUCCCGCUCCGGGUUCGACAAGACCGGGCCCUUCCGCGCCUCCUUCGUCCUCGAGUCCGUCUCCGACCUCCGCCGCAGCCUGCGGGACCGCGGCUCCGACCUCGUGGUCCGAGUGGGCCGCCCCGAGGAGGUGCUCCCCGAGAUGGCCAAGGCCGUCGGGGCCGAGGCCGUCUACGCCCACCGCGAGGCGUCGCGGGAGGAGGUGAAGUCGGAGGAGCGGAUCGAGGCCGCCAUGAAGGAGGAGGGGGUGGAGCUCAAGCACUUCUGGGGCAGCACGCUCUUCCACGUCGACGACCUGCCGUUCAAGCUGGAGGACAUGCCGAUGACCCACGUCGACUUCAACAAGAGAGUGCAGGGGGUGGAGGUGAGGAAGACCAUCGCCGCCUUGGACCAGCUCAAGGGAUUGCCCAAGAGGGGCGACGUGGAGCCCGGCGAGAUGCCUACCUUGACGGACCUGGGUGUGAAUCUCAGUGCCUCCAUGGCUCAGGGUGGUAAGGCGCCUUCUAUGGUAGGAGGUGAGACUGAAGCUCUUCAGAGGCUCAAAAAGUUCGCUGCUGAGUGCCAAGCACAGCCAAACAAGGGGGCCAACGAUAAUAGCGUCUAUGGAGCCACCUUUUCUAGCAAGAUGUCUUCGUGGCUGAGCACUGGAUGUAUUUCUCCGCGUGCCAUGUUUGAGGAGCUAAAGAAAACUGCCUCUAAUGCAAUCUCUGGUGCCAACAAGAACGAUGACGGUGGCUCAUCUAGCACUGGAGCUAACUGGUUGAGGCAUGAGCUGUUGUGGAGGGAUUUCUUCAGAUUCAUCACCAAGAAGUGCAGUUCAUCAGUGCCACAGGGGUCUCCGGCUUGCACAGGUGCCCUUGUUUGAGCGGAGAAGGGUCGUGGAGGUUGAGAUGACGAUCUGCUUUGGGGAUUAAAAAAAAUUUAUCCUGUCACUAUUGCGAGCUGUAGCUCUUAAGAGAUGUUUUUGAGUAGAGGCUUCUACAACAUAGGUGGUGGCUGUUGUUUGUUGUGAUUUACUGCAAAUAAAGUGGUGGAAACUGGAAAUCAUUUCCCUUUAAUAGAUGGCCGGCCGUGAGCCCAAAAAUUUCCAAUAUGUCCGUGUCUUUCAUUUUAUGAUGACAGAGCAGAAACAGGGGACUCCUGGUUCAGCUCUGCUUUCUUUCUAUCUUUCCCACUUUAUAGAUCCAUACUGUGAAAAUUAUUAAUGCUUCACUUCAA